AUGGAUUUAUUGGAAUACGCUCAAAAAUUAGCCAGUCAAGGGAAUAAUCAGCAGCAGCAAAAUGCACAAUAUUUACAGACGCUUAUCCAAAGUAAUUCACCCGCUAAAACGGAUAAUAAGCAGCCGGGAAAUAAUGCUCCACUUUUAAUUGGCGGAUUGGUUGUUUUUGGUCUGGGAGCUGUGGCCUAA